UCUACGAUCGAGAAGCACGGCGGUUUGACGUACGAGGCGUUGAAGGAGAUGACGUACAUGAAUCAAGUAAUUAGUGAAUCUCAAAGAUGUCACGCAGCACUAGGUUUCAUGCAUAAAGUAUGCACGGAAGAGUUCGAGCUUCAAGGAUCCGAUGGAUUGACGUAUCGCGCGAAGCCUGGCACUGACAUAUUCCUAUCCGUUCACGGUUUGCACAACGAUCCCAAUUAUUGGGUUGAUCCAGAAGUUUUCGAUCCGGAACGAUUCAGCGAUGAGAGAAAGCAAACUAUAGAAAAAAUGGUAUAUCUUCCUUUCGGUGAGGGACCAAGAAUUUGCGUUGGAAUGAGAAUGGGUUUGCUACAGGUGAAGGCUUGUUUCGCUACUUUGCUGAGAAACUACAAAUUGGAAUUGUCACCAAAAAUGCAACUUCCAUUGAAAAUGUCGCCGCAUUAUUUCCUAACGCACCCACAUGGCGGUGCUUGGGUAUAUAUCUCUAAGCUUUAAAGUUAUUGAAAAGUUUUUAUAAAUUUUCAUAUAUUUAUGUUCAGAUGUAUAAUACUGCGAAGAUCAACGUUUAUUUCUGUUACGUUGGCUAAGAAUUGUUAAGUAAAGACGUUUGUUAGAAUAAAGAAGAGAUAAUUAUAGGUGUAAUAUAUUUAUCACUA